CGCUACUGAGCUCCCGUGGGGCUCUAAGGUUGGGGGGUCGGUUACGGGGCCCUGACUGGGAAGGGACGGUCUCUUGGACUUGUCCUUACGACCCUGGCUUUUAUUCGUUGAGGUUUCUUUUCUGCUAAGAGUUUAGUGCCGUUAUUAAAUCUCUUUCGGCUUGCCUGGAUGGUGGCUGGGUAACUGUUUCCAUUUGUCCGGAAGUGACAUUACUUAAAGGAAAAUGGGUUAAAAAAUUUUCUCAUAGCAAAAUUUUAUGGGGUACACGGUCAGUGAGGCAGUCGGUACUGGCGCCUGACUUCCAUCUUAAAGGUGGGUCUCCUGGAGAAAAAACGCGUUCUUUCUCUAAAUAGUUAAUGCACCUACUCAUUUGUAGUAGAACGGGGACCCUUAGUGGCAGGAGGGUGAACUGACUCUCCCGGAAGUAGUGGACAGCGGCUGUGCGGGUUCUUUCCUCCCCAGAUCGUAGGCAGUUUUGCUUGCGUGGAGGUCGUCGGGGAUACUGAAUUUACGCUCCCAGAACGUUUCUCAGUUCCUCGUAGUACCUCUUUGUUUUCGUGCUUAGUCUCCCCUAAACAAGUUUCCGUUCUUUCAUGAGAAAGGUAAAAAUAAAUCCUGCCCAAGGUGCUCCAACUCUAUAAUCCUGAUCCUGUGACCCCCAGAGGAGUGUUGACUGACCAAGAGGUCUUCUACUGAGUAUCUCUUUACAGUCUUAACAUGGAUUUCAACUCAGCAUUUUUGUGAACAGAUAUUGCCUUUCAAAAGACAUUUCUAGUACCCUGGCAAGAAACAAGACACAGGUAUCAACAACUAUGCAUUUCUUUGCUGAGCCUCUUUUAGAGUUUAAACACAAGGUCUGAUACCUUGCCUCAGAAGCUGUUGCCUUUAGGAGAAGCCUGAGAGUUAAGAGGAUUGGAAGAAGUGCAGAGGACUACACUGAUCUCAUCUUGAAUUUUGCUCUACUUGAAAUUAGCAUUUGCUUGGGUUGGGGAAUGUAUCUGAGAGGGUCUCGUCCCUCCCAGAUCCUGAUAGAAGUUUCUUUUCCACAGUCUCCUUCUUUAUCAAGGAAGAAAAAUGGGAUCUGUUGCAGUUGAUCCACAACCGAGUGUGGUGACUAGGGUGGCCAACCUACCUUUGGUGAGCUCCACUUACGACCUGGUGUUCUCAGCUUACAUCAGUACAAAGGAUCAGUAUCCCUACUUGAAGUCUGUGUGUGAGAUCGCAGAGCAGGGCGUGAAGACCAUCACCUCCAUGGCUGUGAUGAGUGCUCUGCCCAUCAUCCAGAAGUUAGAGCCUCAAAUUGCAGUUGCUAAUACCUAUGCCUGUAAACAGCUAGACAAGAUUGAGGAGAAACUGCCUAUUCUGAAUCAGCCGACACACCAGGUUGUUGCCAAUGCCAAAGGUGCUGUGAAUGGGGCAAAAGAUGCUGUAACAACUACUGUGACUGGGGCAAAAGAUGCUGUAACAACUACUGUGACUGGUGCCAAGGAUUCUGUGGCCAGCACAAUCACCAGAGUGGUGGACAAGACCAAAGGAGCGGUGACUGGCAGUGUGGAGAGGACCAAGUCUGUGGUCAACGGCAGCAUUAACACAGUCUUGGGAAGUCGGAUGAUACAGCUGGUGAACAGUGGAGUAGAAAACGCACUCACCAAAUCAGAGCUGCUGGUAGACCAGUAUCUCCCUCUCACCCAGGAAGAACUAGAAAAAGAGGCGAAAAAGGUCGAAGGAUUUGACAUGGUUCAGAAGCCAAGUUACUAUGUUAGACUGGGAUCUCUGUCUACCAAGCUCCGUUCACGUGCCUACCAGCAGGCUCUCAGCAGGGUUACAGAAGCUAAGCAAAAAAGCCAAGAGACCAUUUCUCAACUCCAUGCCAUUGUUAACCUGAUUGAAUUUGCCAGGAAGAAUGUGCAUGGUGCCAACCAGAAAAUUCAUAAUGCUCAGGAUAAGCUCUACCUCUCAUGGGUGGAGUGGAAGAGAAGCAUCGGCCAUGACGACACUGAUGAAUCCCACUGUGCUGAGCACAUUGAGUCGCGCACCCUUGCUAUUGCCCGCAACCUGACUCAGCAGCUCCAGACCACCUGCCACACCCUGCUGUCCAACAUCCAAGGUUUACCUCAGAACAUUCAAGAUGAAGCCAACAACUUGGGGGUCAUGGCAGCUGACAUCUAUUCAGUGUUCCGCAAUGCUGCCUCCUUUAAGGAAGUGUCCGAUGGCCUUCUCACUUCUAGCAAGGGGCAGCUGCAGAAAAUGAAGGCGUCUUUAGAUGAUGUUAUGAGUUAUCUUGUUAACAACACGCCACUCAACUGGCUGGUAGGUCCCUUUUAUCCUUAGCUGUCUGAGUCUCAGAAUGCCCAGGCCCAAGGUGCAGGGCCGGACAAGACCUGGCAGGAGUCCUAGCAACCUGAACAUAAAUCCCAUUAAACCUUGUCCCUGUCAUCAGUGCAUGGUCCAGCCAGCCAGAUGACAGCUUCUGUUAUGUUGAAAUUAAUGUGCUAGACAAAUCGAAUUGGGAAAGCAGGUAGCUAGAAAAAGGGUCCUCAGUUAUAGUUACUUCCAGCAGGAUAAAGAGCUAUAAAGUUUCUGGCAUUAGCAGAUAUGUUGUCUUGUUUACCUGGCUGGUAAUAAAAGAAUGAGAAACUUGUCAAAACCUAGCCAGAACUCACUAAAAGUUCAAGUGAACUUGUGGUCUCCUUCUGUGGCCAUUGUGUUGUCACUGUUACUGUAUGUUUAUACUAAAUAAAAACUCCUUCAUGUAGACUCUGGUAUGAAUUGAUGUCUGCUCUGGUUUUGUCUGAGCAGGCCUCAUCACUGGUUUCCCUUGUGAUGCAUGCUUGUACUACUUGGCUUUAAUUUCUUAUUUCUCAUAAAGAAAUUUCACCUUUGAAUUAAUAAAAUUCACUGAAGAAUCGAUCAGUUUUAUGCUGUUUGUUCCGUGUGCUUUGUGUGCUGCUUUCAUAGAGCUGCUUGUCCUGCGUGACAGAGUUAUUAAUAUACAUACACAAAUUCCAUUUGAUCUGUUGAUAAAUUUGGCAGGGUGAUAACAUUGGAAAACUGUUGUUAAAAAUGAAAUGUUUGAUAACAGGUCUUAAGUUAAAAGCUGAUGUGCAUAUUAGAAUUUUACUGGGUGAUGGUUGUUCCCAUUAUUUGCCAAUUUACUGGACCCCUGAGAGUAGGCUCUUAAGUCAGUAGAAGGAUCUACUCAUAGUUGACAGCCUUGCUGAAAGGGAAUCAAAGCUGAAAGGAAAUGAGUAUUUUCAUCAGUCUCACAUAAAGGCAGUAAGCAUUUUUUGCCAAAGGGCAAGUUAAAGUAUGAGCCCUAUAGUGAGAUCAUUCAGGUCUGUUUUCAGCUGAAUUUAACUUACGGUGUUGUCAUUUUGGAAGAAAUUCACUAUCUUGAAAUGUUCGUGAGAUAGCAUUUAGAAGACCAUGGGCAAAUAAAUAAUAAGAAGUAAAAGGAUUCUGGGACCCCUACAGAAAAGAGUCCUUGCCUCCUACCUAAGGUUCUAGUCCAGACUUCUGGCCCCGUCAGUGUUGGUCAAUUAUUUAGGAAAUAUGAUGAAUCUCCUUAUAACUGAGGUGCAGCAUAUCAAACUAUUUCAAAAAAGCAAAUCUUAGAACUUGUGAAAUAGGGCUACACAUGCUUCUGCCUGACUUUGCCUGCUAAAAAGGUAAAAAGGGCUGCCCUUCAGCAGAACUGAAGUCUAAGUCAAAUUUGUCUCCUCUUUUCUGCCCUGGCUCCCCUCUUACCUCCCAUGGAAACGAAGUGGCACAUUUUACAUGCACCUUUGGUGUGAAUGAGUCCAUCAAAGCUUUUUAUCAAGUUACAGAACUAAACUUUUCCCCCUCAAGGUAAUUUCCGGAACCAUUAGGCAGGUGAGUUGAGUUGGAGGGCAGGAGAUCACUGAAAUACUUGGAGACCACUCUUUAAUUUAUUUUGCAGCCAGGAAGCUUCCAGUUCUUGGGAAGGGUGGACUUUUGUGAUUUAUGGGCUUCCAGGAUAGAGCCUGUCCACUUGCCUACCUCUUUCCCUAGAGCCUGUGACACUUUAAAAAACAAAAGUUUCUUAGUCCAAAUCUGGCAUGCCUCUACCCCUUUGCCUCAAAACUCCAAGGCUGUUACUUUGUGGUUUAUUUUAACUAGUUGGAAAAAUCAUAUGCUAUGGCUAUACGCAUGCUUUUUUAUCCUGGACAUACACCUUUAUAUUUCCCUGUUACAAGAGUUUAAAUGACAACUGAAUUCUUGUGAAAAGGAUACAGGUCUGAAAGGUGUUGAUGAACAAGGACAAGGUACGAUGCAGAUCACUCUUGACUUCCAGAUGAGCAGUACCAGCCUUUGCUUUUUGCCAUGAGCUGUGCACAUUGGUUUCGUCUGUCUUUAUGUCUCAAGUUUGUGUCUACAUUCGCUACACUCAACUGUUAACUUGUCUCAAUUUGUGUUGUCCUUGUAACUUGCAGCUUUACUGUUGCAUAGCUCAGCAGUUUUAGUUUAACAGACUUUUUCUCAAGGAGGACAAUUCUUUUGAGGGAAAAAGCUGACUAAACCGAGUGCAGUAUCUAACCAUGACAGAGUCUUAAAUAUUUGGCUGAAUGAACCCUGGCACAGUACUCAUAGCAUGAAUAAGAUCACAUUGUUUUUCAGUGAGCCUUCUCCUGCCUGUUCUGCCAAUGCCAGUGAUUAUCAAUGGGGGAGAUCGGUUAUCAACUCAGGUCUUCUAAGAGUUCAAGGAUAUUUUUGUCCUUUACGUGUAUAGUGUGUAAUAUGAACUUCCUGGUUAGUCCUGGGAGAAAAAUCAAAGGAACAUAGUGUAAUAGCCAUUAAUUUCUGAGCCUUAGUUUUCUCAUCUGUAGAGUAAGAUUAAUGAUGCCUGAACAGAUGGAAGUGAAGUGGUUGAGGAUGAGGUGCUUUUCUAAUUUGCAUAAAGCUAGGGUAUGGACUAGCAGUGGUCCUGUAGGAUGCAGCCUGCCCUUCCAGGGCCAAGUGGAAGGUGGGGCCACUAGAGGCCGGGAAGCACCACCUGUGGGACAGUGACAAGUAGUAUCUUUAACUGGCCAGUUAAGCUUUCCAGUUAGGUGUGAGUACAUAAUAAUAGAUCAUGAUUAGGAAAAUACAUCUACUUUGAAAAAAAUAGAUAUUGAAGAUCUAAUGAAGUAAAAAGGAAAAAACUAAAAUUUGGUUUCCCUGAGAUUACCAUUUUUAGAGUAUUACUUAGCUCACAGGUAGAGGGGAGGGGAAGAAGGAAGAAGGAGCAACAUACUUGUACACAAAUCUUUAAGAAAUUGAGUCUAAACAAUGCCUGGGAGAGCAGGUUUGGGGGGGAUGGAAAGGAAGCCCUGUCAUCAGUGCCCUUUGUGGCACUGGGAGUAGCCCAGCUGGACCUCGGUUCUGAUCCAGCUCCCUAAUAUGCAUAGAUGAUGCAGAUUAGGGAGAAAUGAAAUCUAGUAUAAUGAAAGGCUUUGAAUCUCAUAGAAGAGGGUAGUCUUGAUGUAGAAAGAUCUUCUAGGUCUUUUGGCUUAUUACUGAUUUCAUGAAAAUGCUGUUUGAGAGAGCCAUGUAAAAGAUGUUAGAGCCAUAUUAUAAUACCUACAUUUUGGGCUAACAUUGAAAAAUCUGCUUGGUACAUUCACUGGGUAGUCAAUGUGCAUACGUAGGUUCUUACAUUAUUGUAGAUACGUAGCUGCAUUAACAAAAUGGUUCAAUUCAAUAUUUGAGUUUCUAAUAAGACAUAAACUCUUCCUUGAAGGAAAUGUAAAAUGAUCUAAAAAAACUCAUAGUUUUAGGGGAAGAUUGUCAAUGAAUAUUUGAAUAAUAUUCUGGAAUAGAACGCUGUUUGUCCCUUACCCUUAAUGGCCCUGGGCUGCUAAUUUUCCAAUUCUCUGCCUUUAUUACAAAAUUAACAUGCAAAAUAUGGCACUUCAACAUAAGGCAGUAUAGGAAUGGCAGGACAACAAUUUGGGUUUUAAGUUGUAUUGACGAAAGCAAAAGAGAAUGCUGACUUAGAUGAUAUUUCCUGUAACGGGAAGAUAAAAUGUCUAAAGACUUCAGAACUUAAGGAAAUGAGGAAGGUGGUAGACAUCGUUAACCAACAUUUUACAAAAGUAAUGAAUAGAUUAAAUGGACUUUUGUGUAAAUAUCAUUGAGGAAGAAAUAUUUUCCAUUUAAAUUAUAAUUUAGCAUUAAUAAGAGCAGAUGUUGACUAGUAUGAAUCAAGUACUUUUCCUUUUUCAUUGUCUGUAUUACACAGGAAAGAGUGGUGGUGUUAACCCAAAGGUCCGUGGUUUGAACCAACCUGCCGCUUCGCUGGAGAAAGAUGUGGCAAUCUGCUUCCAUAAAGAGUUACAGUCUUGGAAACCCUAUGGGGCCUUUCUGCCCUGUCUAUAGGGUCACUAUGAGUUGGAAUUGACUUGAUGGCAGUGGGUUUGGUUUCGGUUGUACUACAUAGGCUAGAGCACGGGAAAACUUUGCUAAGGAGGUAGUGAAUACAUCUAUCCGACCAAGUCCCCUGUGUAAAAUGGCUCAAGUGAUCUCUCUGCACGGAUAAAUCACACUGUCUUUCAGUGAGCCUUCCCCUGCCCGCUCUGCUCUGCGUAUGCUGGUGAUUAUCAACUUGGGAGACUGAUAAAAUGCAGAUUCCUAAGUCCCUCCCCUUCAGAGUCUAGUUAGUCGUCUAGAGGUAGGAUCAUGCAUCCACAGUUUUUAAAAAGCACCUCUUAAAAAAAAAAAAAAAA